AGCACGAUGUUCCUGGUGGGACUGUCGGGUGGGAUCGCAUCGGGGAAAAGCACGGUGGUGGCCAUGCUGCGGGAGCUGGGCUGUGUCGUGAUCGAUGCCGAUGUUAUAGCCAGGCAGGUGGUACAGCCCCACUCCAAGGCCCAUCAGCAGAUCCUGCAGCACUUUGGCACCGAGAUCCUCCUGGAGAACGGCGAGAUAAAUCGUGAGGCUCUCGGAAACAUUAUCUUCUCCCAGCCAGAGAAACGGCGGCUGCUGAACUCCAUCACCCACCCUGAGAUCCUGAAGGAGAUGCUGAAGCAGGUCCUGAAGUACUUUAUACUUGGCUACCACUACGUGAUCCUUGACAUCCCUUUGCUCUUCGAGACACACGGAUUGACCAGGUUUAUGAAAUACACAGUGUUGGUUUAUUGUGAUCCCCCAACGCAGCUGGUGCGGCUGAUGAAGAGGAACGGGUUGGGCGUGGCCGAGGCCGAAGCCCGGAUCAGCUCCCAGCUGCCCCUGGACGAGAAGCGCAAGUGGGCGACGCACGUCAUCGACAACUGCGGGGACCGGGAGAGCACCCGCCGGCAGGUGCUGCGCCUGCACGUCCACCUCGAGGAUUCCCUGCAUUUCCUCUGGGCACGGCUGGCGGUGGGCACGGCUGUGGCUGGGCUCGGAGGGCUGGUGUUCCUCCUCAUCAGGCAUUUCAUCUCUUAA